AUGUUUGUAGCUAAGAGUAGAUUAGUGGCUAAGAAUAGAAAUACAACUUAUGACAAGCAAAUUUAUAGCAAGACAAUUUAUAGUGAUCAAUUUGUAGCAAUUCAACUUUUGGGAAGUAAAUUUAAAACAAGACAACUUAAGGUAAGUCAAUUUAUAGCAAGACAACUUAUAGUAAGUCAAUUUAUAGCAAAUAAACUUAUAGCAGUCCAAUUUAUGGCAAAUAAAUUUAUAGCAAGACAACUUAUAGUAAGUCAAUUUAUAGCAAAUAAACUUAUAGCAGUCCAAUUUAUGGCAAGUAAAUUUAUAGCAAGACAACUUAAAGUAAGUCAACUUAUAGCAAGACAACUUAUGGUAUGUCAAUUUAUAGCAAAUAAGCUUAUAGCAGUCCAAUUUAUGGCAAGUAAAUUUAUAGCAAGACAACUUAUAGUAAGUCAAUUUUUAGCAAAUAAACUUAUAGCAGUCCAAUUUAUGGCAAGUAAAUUUAUAGCAAGACAACUUAAAGUAAGUCAACUUAUAGCAAGACAACUUACGGUAAGUCAAUUUAUAGCAAGUGAACUUAAAGCAAGACAACUUAUGGGAAGUAAAUUUAUAGCAAGAAAACUUAUGGUAAGUCAAUUUAUAGCAAGUGAACUUAAAGCAAGACAACUUAUGGGAAGAAAAUUUAUAGCAAGAAAACUUAUGGUAAGUCAAUUUAUAGCAAGUAAACUUAAAGCAAGACAACUUAUAACAAGUUAA